CUUUUUCCAUUUAGAAAACCGGACAAACGGCGGGGGACUCGUUGUCCACAUAGCGAUCACAAAUCCCACCUGCCCUUUUCCGGCGCUCUAUUCCGGCUUUCUGGGCCACAUUCCGGCGACUUUUCGUCGUUAGCCGGUGAAAUGGAGGCGCCUCUCCUGGAACACUCUGCAUUUUCCGGCGAAGAUUAUCCGGCGAUCACUAAUUGUCGGCAAGCCAGAGCCCUCUUUGGGUCGGAAUCUCGCAAGCUAUGGACAAUCGCGGCUCCCAUUAUAUUCAAUACGCUGUGCUUUUUUGCCCUAGGUUCGACUACGCAGAUGUUUGUUGGCCAUUUAGGGAACCUGGAAUUAGCAGGGGUGGCCAUUUCUUCAUCCGUUAUCUCCACAUUCACCUUCGGAUUCAUGCUGGGAAUGGGGAGCGCUGCAGAGACACUGUGCGGCCAAGCAUUUGGAGCAGGCCAGGUCGAAAUGCUGGGCAUCUAUCUGCAGCGUUCAUGGAUAAUCCUCCUCGUCACUGGUCUAUUUCUUGUCCCUGUGUAUGUGUUCUCGACCCCAAUUCUCGUGCUCUUAGGCCAAGACAGAGCUAUCUCAAACCUUGCAGGCAAAUUCACAAUCUGGACAAUACCCCAAAUCUUUGCACUUGCCAUUAAUUUCCCUACCCAAAAGUUCCUUCAAUCUCAGAGCAAAUUCGCGGCCUUUACAUGGAUCGGAUUCAUAGCUCUCGUUAUCCAUAUUUUGCUUCUGUGGGUCUUUGUUUGGCUAUUCGGUUGGGGUCUUCCUGGUGCCGCGGUUGUCGUGAAUGUGUCAGCUUGGUUCAUCUCAAUUGCUCAAACUGUUUAUGUGGUGUAUUGGUGUAAAGAUGCAUGGAAUGGCCUUUCAUGGCUGGCCUUCAAGGACAUGUGGGCCUUUGUGAGGCUUUCUUUGGCUUCAGCUGUUAUGCUUUGCUUGGAGGUAUGGUACAUGAUGUCACUAACUGUGCUCACAGGCCAUCUUGAGAAUCCAGAGAUUGCCGUCGAUUCGAUCUCCAUAUGCAUGAAUGUCAAUGGGGGGGAGGCCAUGAUUUUCAUUGCGUUCAAUGCCGCCAUCAGUGUUCGGGUUUCAAAUGAACUCGGCUGUGGCCAUCCAAGGGCUGCAAAGAUCGCUGUUGUGGUGGUGCUUAUUACGUCUCUGAUUAUUGGGCUUUUCUUCAGUUUUAUCAUUCUUGUAGCCCGUAACCAUUUUGCCGUCCUUUUUACAAGUAGUGACAUUCUCCAACAAGCUGUCUCUAAGUUGGCUCCCAUUCUUGCAGUGACCAUGGUGCUUAACAGCAUCCAACCUGUCAUUUCAGGUGUUGCGGUGGGUGGAGGAUGGCAAGCUUUAGUAGCUUAUAUAAAUUUGGGUUGCUACUAUAUUCUUGGGCUUCCUCUUGGGUUCUUUUUAGGUUACAUGUUCAACAUGGGUGUUAAGGGCAUCUGGACCGGUAUGCUUUGUGGAACUGCAUUGCAAACCUUAAUACUGUUAUUUAUCAUUUGGCGGACUAAUUGGAACAAAGAGGCUGCAUCUGCGAUUGAACGAGUGCAGCUAUGGGGAGGAUCAGAAGGAGAAAAGAAGGGGCAAAUUUGAGUUUUGGAUCUUAUCGAAGCACUAUUGCUACAUGUGCUAUAAAUUGUGCAUUCAAUGCACAAACUUUUGAAUGCAAGUGGUAGAAGGUUUGCAUUCCUUCUCAAGUUUGUUUUGUUUCUUCUUUCCCCAUCAUUUCAAUCCUUAGGAAGUUAUGUAUCCAAUGAUUAAGACUAGCCACUCGUAGGAACUAACUUUUUAUAUUUUUGUUUUCGAUUUAGUUAUGCUAUAGUUCGAUAAUUAAGCAAGGGAAUCUCACCCACGUUUAAGGGUGAAGAUUUUGUAAGAGUUAUUGUUCUUCAACUUGGUUCAAUAGUACUCCCCUUUGCUCUAAUAUCAAAGUAUUUUGGUCUAUUUGG